UGUCCAUCGUCUUCGUGUAAGAGGCACAGAUAAGUAUAACGGUGAAAUGGAAGAGAGCUCUGUCACUGCCGGAGCAAGCGACGCCACCAUCACAGUCAACGUCAAGUUCAGUGGCAGGUCGAUACCCAUCUCAAUCUCACCCGACUCAACCAUUAGUGAUCUCAAGUCCCUUCUCCUGCCGCCCACGAAUGUCCUACCCCGAGGCCAAAAGCUCAUCUUCAAAGGAAGAGUUUUGGAGGAUUCUCUGACGUUGACGGCUUCUGAAUUGACAAAUGGCGCCAAGAUUAUGCUUGUGGCUUCCCAGGGUUUACAUCAAGGGGAGGGUCCGAUCUUGAAAAAAGCCGAGGCUGUACCCAGGACGAGGAGAGAUAACCGCUCAAGCCUGAGCAGUGACGCAAAGAAACUUCCUGUUAAGAACAGAUUGGAACGAUGGACUGCCACUGGAGUUAUAGCGCUGUCUGAAUGUAACUUGAAGGCUAUACCCGAUGAACUGUGGGCAUCUGGGUCUUAUGGAAGAGUUCUAGAUUGCAGCAACAACUCAAUUCAAAAUGUGCCUGUUAAAAUUGAAAGCCUUACUGGCUUGGAGAAACUAUUCCUUAAUGCAAAUGAGUUACUGGAUGAAUCAAUAAGCUGGGAAGGAUUAACAACUCUGAAGCACCUAACGGUAUUAUCGUUGAACCAGAACCAUCUGACAACUUUGCCUCCUGCUCUGGGAUCUCUAAUAUCUUUAAAGGAGCUGCAUGUCUCCAAUAAUAAGUUGGUUAACCUACCUAAUGAAAUCGGACAUCUGACAAAACUGGAAGUUUUGCGAGCGAACAAUAAUAGUUUUUCUCAGGAUGAGUACUGUCAGCGAAUUUAUAGGAAAUUGCUGUUCUCUUGUUGAGGUUGAUUUCUCAUCCAAUUUUCUCACAGAAUUGCCAGAGACAUUCAGUAGCUUGAGCUGUUUGAAGGCUUUGUAUCUUAGUAACAAUGCGAUGAAAUCCCUUCCAUCUAAGCUAUUCAAGGCUUGACUUCAGCUCUCCACAUUGGAUCUUCACAAUACAGAAAUGACCAUUGAUAUCCUUCGCAAGUUUGAUGGAUGGGACAAUUUUGACGAGCGUCGUCGCUCAAAACAUCAGAAACAAUUGGAUUUCAGAGCUGGAGUUUCCAGAGACUUUGAUGAGGGUGCUGAUAAAAAAUGAACAGAUACUAUUUGAACAAAAAGUCAUUGCUGAUUAAAAUGUAUUUUACGAUCGAUAAUGUUGUGACAAUUCCCAAAAUCUUAUUUAUUAUGAUGGAUGCCAAGUUUCUUGUGGCUGGAUUUCUUCUCAUCUUUAAAUUACUACCCUGCGGUUUUGCAUUAA